GGCCUCUAGCUACCCGGCCCAUUCUUCCUCCCUGUUGCAGAUUCCUUCAGUCGUUCUUCAGUCAUUUUGCAUCCGACUAGCUUUCAUUCAGGAUAGUUACAGAUGCAGUUGCAUGCAUGGUCAAUGUGAAAUACAAAGGUUCCAAAUACAAAUACUGCACAUGUAUCCAUUAGUCAGCCAGUCGAGGAAUAUCAGUUAAGCAGAUCCAGUUCAGGGCAGCGAGGCCGCCUCCUCUCCUGGUGCCGUGAUGUGUCAUGUGUGAAGCUAGAGGCAAGCGGUUAGGAAAAGUUGCAACAGCCCACAUGUAAAAGGCUGCGCGCCACAUCACCCUAGCAGCUCGUCACCUCCCUCCCUGCGCCGUCCAAAUCACCACUCCCUUGCUACUUUCACCUGCACCACUACAUACACCAGUUAGGCAGUCACCGUGGGCAUGGGGAGGAAAGGAAGCAAGAAGCAAGAAGCAAGAAGCAAGAAGCCAUGGUCAUCCAUAUAAAGGUCUGCUGGUAUCACUAGCAGCACAGCACUGCACCACCAUCCAUCACUCACACUAGGGACCGACCGAUCGGAUUCACAGCACACGCAGGCCAUGGCCAUGGCGCCGCAGGGUCAGGAGCACGACCACGAGCAGCCGCAUGGCCAGCGCCCGGCGCCCACCAACCUGAACCACCCCGCCGCGCCGGGCAGCACCAUCGCCACCAACCGCUGGGGCCCCUACUCGGGCGCCGGCGACUUCGCCAGCAACAUGGCCGUCAUCCUCGCCGCCCUGCUCGCCGCGCUGGCGCUCGCCCUCGCGCUCAACGCCGCCGUGCGCUACGUGCUCCGGCGCAGCCGCCGAGCCCGUCGCGCGGCCGGCGGCGCGACGGUGGCGGACCCGGAGAAGGCGGCCGUGGAGGCGCCCCCGCCCCCGCCGCUGCCCCCGGCCCUGGUGUACUCGGCGGCCGGGACGAAGCUAGCGGGCGCGGCGGCGGAGUGCGCCAUCUGCCUGGCGGAGUUCGUGGACGGGGACGCCGUGCGCGUGAUGCCGGCGUGCGGCCACGGCUUCCACGCGCGCUGCAUCGAGCGCUGGCUCGCGUUGGGACGCCGCUCGUCCUGUCCCACGUGCCGGGCGCCGCUGGCCGCCGCCGCAGCCGAGACUGGAGCCAGGGCCCAGGCCGAGGCCGCCGCAGCUGUCGCAUCGCCAUCAUCUUGAUGCUCCCAGUCCCAUGGCUUGCCUGAAUAUAAGUACUUUCGUAGCAGCUUGGCGACCCUGAUCCUGUUUGAUCUAAUGUUCUUGGCAGGCGUUGCUUCUUCUUUCUUUCCUUUUUCCUUCCUUUUGCUACUGUAAUAUAUGUAAGAGUAUAUGUAAAUAUUUAUCCCAGUAGAUCAGAGGAGAGUAGAGCAGAGACAGGGAAUUCAUGAAGUGGAGGCAUGAUGAUUUCGUUUGAUGCCUUGUGAAUGCUUGGUGUUUUUUUUUUUCAAUUAGUCAAUCUAGCUAGCAGUUUCUUCUCUUGUUCCUCUGUUCUGUUACCAUCUCUUACUGGGAGUACUUGGUUUGAUUAGAGCAGGCA